AUGAAUGGACUCGGUUCCAACACCUGCAUUCAGGACGCUUUUAACCUGGCAUGGAAAGUUGCAUACGUGGAAAAGGGCUUAGCAGGCCGCUCGCUGCUCGAUACCUACAACACCGAGCGGCAACCAGUAGGAGUCAGCAUUGUGUCUCAAGCCAACGACUCCUUUCGAAAGCACUCCGCAGUUUGGAAGUCCCUUGGAAUGAUGGAACAAACAGUCGAAGAGCGCAGCAACGUCUUCAAGCUUCUUUUGAGCCCUACAGGAGAGGGUCGAAAGGCACGCGAGAGCUUCCGUCAAGCCAUCACAGCCACGGCGCAUGAGUUUCACGGCCUCGGUAUCGAAAUGAACCAGCUCUACUCCAGCUCAUGCAUCUAUGUCAAGGAUGAGCCUCUUCCCUACUGCCCUUCAGAAAGGGCAGCCGAGGACGAUGUCGCGUACUACGAUCCAAGCACGUAUCCGGGCCGCCGCUUGCCGCACGCCUGGCUCAACAGAGCGAUCCCAAGCAAAAUGGUGUCGACGAUUGACCUUGCCGGUCACGGAGCCUUCACUAUACUUACUGGGCCAGGAGGUAUGCUAUGGAAGGAGGCGGCAAAGGCUGUGGCUGCGGCAAGGGGCUGUGAGAUCAAGGUUUGGUCUGUAGGUUUUCGACAGGACUGGGAAGAUGUGUAUUUCGAUUGGGAUCGACUGAGGGGUGUUGAGGAGUCCGGUGCGGUGUUAGUCCGUCCUGACCGCUUUGUAGCCUGGAGAGCGCGCGAGGUACCGAAUGACUUGGACAGCUGUGUUGAGAAGUUGUCGGAGGUAAUGAGGGUCAUUCUGGGUCCCGGUGACACAUAA